GUGAUAAAUCACACACUUUGGAAAUAAGCAAAUAUUUUUGUUGUGAUAAAGUGGAAAAUUUUGAAAGAUAAAUAUAUGUUUUCGCUUAGGAAUCCCACAGUUGUCACUAACAAUAAUGGCGGCAGCACCAUUAACAACAACAACAACGAGUCGCCGCAGCAGCAGCACUCAUCGCUGGUGAACCAGGACGCAGGAGUGGCGGAGGCCAUUGGGUAUAUGCGAGAAUUUAGCAGCCAGGCAGCCAUCUACAACCAGCUAAAGUCCGAGGAGUCGCUAGUGCAUCUGCACCGCAGCAUCAUACUGCUGGAAACGAAAGUGCAUCCGCACUAUUAUGCACCGACUCCCGGAAAUCUGGAGCUGGCUAGGUUUUUUAUGGAUCUGCACGCGCUGAUGAGUGCGCUGGACGGGAAGUGCGAGGUGCUGUGGACAUGUGUAGAGCUGGUUCAGCACUGCAGCCGGAAUUUAGAGGCGCGUGGGGCCAUUAUCGAGAAGUACUGCUUUGUGCCGCUGUUGAGUUUUAUUUUGAAGAAAACUGAGCGCGAGGAGCGGGUAUAUCGUCUGCUGGUCCUGUUGCAGGACCUAACCUAUGGCAUACACAUCAGCUGGGAGGAGCCGUAUCUGCCAGUCCUGCUCGAGCACCUGGUGGACAUGGUCCACAAUGUGGAGGGCGACACUGACGACGCGCAGCCGCCAUCGCACGCCCUGCUGGCCCUUUCGAUACUGGCGAAUCUGUGCUAUAAAAAUUUCGUGGUGCUGUUCCUCUUCCUGCGCAACGUGAAUAUAUCCAGCUUCUGCAAACGGAUCAUAAACUACGGCCUGCUCGGCUACAAAAUGCUCAUCAUCCUCUCCGAAGAUGUGCACGCGUUUGAGCAGCACGAGCUGCACACCUUCCUGCACGCAUGCUUUGUGGGUAUCGAGGAUUGCCUUAAGAACUGGAAUGUAGCCGAGUUGCGGCGCAUUGUGGACUUCAUGCUGGACUCCAAGGAUCAUGCGGGCCUCCAUCAGGCCAUGCUCUCCCACAGCCACUACUGCGAGGAUGUGGAAAAGCUCUUGGAUCAAAUCAGUUCGAGCUGCGCCAUGGACGACUCUCACGAGGAUACGCGAAAGCAUCAACAGAUCUGCCUUCAUCUGGUCUUUCGCCUCAUCAGCUACAUUCUCGAUCUCUCCGAGGAGCAGAGCAGUGUCAUCAGCCUGGACGCCAUCACACCGCGUCUGUACGAGUUGAUCGGCGAAUGGCUGAACUCCGAUUUGUGCGGCGUGGCGGCCAUUGAGCUUGUCUCCACUCUGCUGCGUCUGGGCAAGGGUGCCGUUGUGGCCCAACUGAUAGCUCGCGACCCUACCAAUCUAGUCAGCUUGGUGGCCAGUGCCGAGCGGCCCGAAACGAAGCCCGCUCAAGUCGUGGCCAUUCUGCGGCUGCUGCUGGAUCUGCUGCGCGAGUCCAAGACUGAAAAGUUGGUACUAUCGAAAAUAUCCGAGUCCAAAUUUGACAAAAUUCUGACCGCUCCGCUGUCCCUGACACCACAAUGCCUGAGCUACCAAUCGCUGGGACAGGCCGAGGUAGAGAAGGCGAUCUUCUGCCUUCUGCUGCUGCUUAUGAAUUUUGCCAACAUUACCAACAUUGCCAAGAAGGAGUAUUUCGACAUGUGCUGCUCUCUGCUGGAGCAGCCCCAACUGCAGUAUGCCCUGGCCCGGGGCUUAACCAGCGGCAAUGAGCAGCUGGUGGAGGCCGUUCUACAGAUUGCCCGAUUCGAGCGCUUCCCCAAGGUAGCCGUGGCGAAGCAUGUGGCAAGCAUCAACAGUGGACGACUUAGUUGCUCGUCGGUCGCUCCGCCCGCCGGCUGCGGCCGUGAAGCACCCAAGCAGUGGUAUAAUCUCAGCACAAUCCUCAAGUGCCAUCGCACCUUCACCAACAAGGAGCUAUCGCAGCGCAUCGAGGCACUGUUGGACAACAUAAGCGGCAUUGUCAGGCGCAAUGAACUGCAGUCGGCGCCCGUCUCACAGGUGAUCGAGCUGUACAACCAUCGCAUAGACAGCCUCAACAGUAGCAUGCUGAACGUGCAACAGCGACUGGAGCAGGCCAACAACCAAUUGAUUCGUAGUACACAGCUCGCCAAUGUCCAGAACGCCGAACUGGAACAGUUUCAGACCAAGAACUUUGAGCUGCUCAUCAGCCAGGAGCGACUGCAAACGCAGUGCAAGGAUCUCAAACAGCAGACACACAAGCUGAAGAGCAACAUGAGCAACUUGCUGAAGCAACUAUCCGAGAACGAGGAUCAUUUGAAGGCCAGCGAGCGCCGCCUGGCCGUUAAGGAAUCGGAGGUAGCCAGCCUCCGAAAGGAUUGCGAAGAUCUGAAAACAAAUCUUAGCUCAAAACGCGACGAGCUCAUUAAAUUGGAGGCCCUCAGCAAGGACAGCAUUUCACGCAUCGAUAAGCUGAAGAAAUCCGUGUUGGCCUAUGAGCAGGACAUCAAGGAGAAGGUGCGCAGCAUUGAGGAGCGCGAUUGUGAGCUGGCCAAAACGCACAAGAGCCUCGAGGAGCAGCGCGAGGGUCGCAAAAAGUGUGAGGAUCUGGUCUUCGUGCUGGAAACGCAGCUGCAGGCGAAGAAGGAGCAGAUCGAGCAUCUGGAGAAGGAGCUCAAGGAAACGGAGGACAUGCGCAAGACCGUCAUGAGUCUAAUGGAAAGCACAAAGCCCAAGCAAAAAAAUUGACCUUCCGUACAUUCGAUAUUGGACAUGUUAGCUUAGUGUCGAGUGUCGCCCUAAGUAAGCAAUCUAAUUUACACUCGUAUUUUUUUUAUUAGUUUAUAUAUUUAUAUACACUUCACUGCAUUCUUUCGCACUGACACGGACAGCCCGUGUUCUGUGCAAAAAGAUUAAUUUAAAAAAAAAAAAAACAACUCCAAUUUAUACCGAUAAAUACAAAAGCAUAAAAGAAAAAGGAUACAAUGGGAUAAUCUAGUGUGUACUUUACAAAUUACUAGGGGACCUGGACAUUUAUUUGUAUUUGUAUGCGAAAUCGAUAUAUAGUUUGUACUAUAUAUAUAUUUUUUAUGUAUGUACAUAUUUGUAUUGUGUAUAUUUGUUGUAUAAAUUUACUAAAAUGUGUUUUGCUGUAUGGACUCUCGCGAUCGUCAUCUUUUGGGAUAGGGGGGUUUAUUACUUUACGCUUAAAUCUCUAAUCACCAAAACUCUGUUCUAGAAAAUACAACUAAAAGCCGACUAAGCCCAGAAUUAAGCUAUGGAAUAAAAUAAGCGGGUAAAAAAAACAAGCAAAUAAAAAUCACACACAUCACAAAACGAAGCAAGAAAGGUAGAGGUAGACACAGUGCGAAGAGGUGGAGGAGUAGGAGCAACGAUUUGCCAGCACCAAAAAAAAGUUACAAACGGACCUGCCAACCUUGUUGAAAAGCCAGAUUUUGCGCUAUACCGCGCUGCCAACCAUACAAAUAUGAUACAUGUUUGAACUCUUUCGCUAAAACCUUUUUUUGGACAAGAUCCAAUAAAAGCAAGUAUUUAGAGUAAGCCAGUUCAGUAGAAAAUUUAUUUACAAAUCGUAUAAAUAUAUGUGGGCAUGGCAAAAUUUUAUAUCUAGCUAGUAAUAUUCCAGGGAAUAUCAAAAUUGAGCAAUAAGGUUUCCAAUCCUUGACGGAGAAAGAUUAACUCAUUGUAGACCAUGAAGUUCACAGGAAAGAUGUCAAUCAGUAAUAUUUUCCGCCAUUUACCUUAAGUCGUUGAACUGUUUAAAUGAAGGGGGCUUAUGUGGGUUUUUUUGAUAUUUCGAUAUUUUUAUGAGGGUCUGUUUGCCGCGUUUUUGUCGCUUUUUUCGAAAAUUAACCAGAAUGGAUGAUGCUUCUCC